UAGCUAUACACUUCAGUGCGUGCUACCUAUCAACUAUUUUGUCGAGAAAGUCUAUGUUUUUCUCUGGUUCUGGUUCAUCAUUCUUACUGCCAUCACCCUUCUGAGUACUGUACAAUGGGCUUUUAAUACGCUGCUCCCAGUGCGCCGAAUCGCCUAUAUCAAACAGUACAUCCGGGCUAUCCGCCAAUUGUCCAACACUGAGGAGCGAGACUGCACUCGGUUUGUUAACAAUAACCUCGGCGCCGACGGUGUACUAAUCUUGCAGGUGGUUUCCCGAGUAUCAAGUGAUCUAAUCGCAUUAGAUGUCACAGCAACUCUCUGGAACAAUUAUAGGCAUGCUAAGAUCACCGGCACCGAGGAGGAUAUCAACCGGUUUCUUGAAAACGUGAACAGAGGCACGAAUGCCUCAUAG